CACAACACGAGUUAGUCUCCCGUGAGCCGCCAGCGAAGGAGAACGGCAGUCUGUGAGUUGUGGCGUUAUCGGAGGCGUGGGAUACAACGAACGCACCUGCCAUGCAUGCCAUGACGUGGACUGGCGAGUGAGCGACGUCGCAGACUGCGCUGUGGGUGAUGCUGAGUCGCGGCGGUGGGCUUGCUGCCUCACGCGCGCCAGGAAAAUCCAGGCGUAACACAUGUUAAUCUUCAAAUUACCCGGAAACUAGGAAACUAAUCCACGUAUCAGGCCAAAUCAUUAACGAAUUAAAUAGCGAGUCACGGGCGUGACACAGCCAUUGCCACAGUGCUUUUCUCACCUCCGACCGCUGGCCCACCUCUUUCCCUCACCCGUCACCCAGCCGGGCUAAAUUGUGUGCAGGACUCAAGGUGCCUCCCCUCUUCCCCUCGGCCGCGCCUGGCUAUGGUGGUGUUGCCGGAGGUGAAGGAGGAGGGGAGUGAAGCAGAGGAGGCACGGAGCGAACACGUGGGCCAGUAACUUCAACACCGCCGCUUUGGGACGCCGCCGCCACUGCCACCGCCGCCGCCGUCCACCCUGACUGACGUGGAGGUGAAUAGAAGUGGCAAGACUUCUCCAUAAAAGAUUCUCCAUGAAUCAGAACUGUGAGUAACCUAUCGCUGGUGCUUCACGGAACUUCGGCAUGAGUGGAGGCUCGUCCCACACACACCAGCAAAGUAGUACGACGAUGCGCAGCUUUCAUCCAGUGACGCCGUGACAAACAUGUGACGCUCUCAGUCUCUCACGUUAGACUUGCUCGCAAAGAAGAAUAAAGAAACUCUAUUCGAAUCUUACUAAAUCCUUAUAUAGUUACUGUCUAGUGUCUUAAAGAAUAUAUUUAGUGUAAAAUGAAAGCAUAUGAACAGCAUCAAUGUUACAAAAACUAGUGGUAAGAACCAGAAAUUAAUAUAGACAUAACUAACAUAGAAACAAGCCUUUUUAUGAGAACCUCAAGGCUAAAGAAGAAAGAAACAGUGAAUAAGGAUAUCCUGGAAAGGGAAGAAAAUAUCCCAGUGCAUGAGUGAGUGACGAGGAGAGAACACCAGUCUGAAGGGAUGAGUUGGGAAGGUGAUGCAUAACUGUAACUCGGUGUGUGAUACAAAGAGACGCGCGAUAUUCCAAAUCCGAGAGGCAAGCGAGCGAUAAUAGUGAAAGUGAUGGCGCUUUGAAUGAAACAGAAAGAGAAAUACUGCAGAAAAGAAUUAGAGAAAAAUCGGUCACUCACGACUGACAUUACUAGAGAGAGAGAGAGAGAGAGAGAGAGAGAGAGAGAGAGAGAAAUAAACAGAUAAAUGGACAGACUGACAGAUAAGUAGACACACUGACAGACAGAUAGAUAAGUAGACAGUAGGACAGACAUAUACACAAAAGCAGACAAAAAUAAAGACCGAAGGACGAAACAAGGCAAGGUAACAGAAAGGUCAAAGAAAGAAAGACUAAAAGAAAAGAAAGAGACGGAAGGAGAGACUACAACAGACAGGAUGAAAGAAAAGGCAGGAAAUAAAAGAGGACGAAGGAGAAAGCAAACAAGGCGAUAACAGGAAGGAAAACAAAACAGUGAAAAUCAUCUAAGAAACAGAAAAAAAAUACGGUAAACAAAACAAUAAUGAAAUAAAAGCAAAACAAAACACAAUAAAGAGGAAAGCAUCAGUGAGAAGUGAAGAAAACAAAGCAUCAGUAACAGCAACAUCAAAAGUACCAACACCAUCAUCGUCAGCGCCACCACCAAGAUGCAGCUGCUCCUCUCUUCCGGGUGGCCUUGGUGGAGCCUUCUUCCCCUCCUGCUGCUAUUCAUGACAGGAGGCGGCGACGCGGGUCUUCCCGGUCCUAGAUUCGUCGGGCAGAUUGAAAACGUGACAGUAGCGGCGGGACGCAACGCCGUGCUAACCUGUACUGUGGAGCACCUCAGAGGGUACAAGGUGGCGUGGGUGCAAGUGGAGACGCAGACCAUUCUCACCAUCCACACGUCGGUCAUUACUCGAAACCCGCGCGUGGGGCUGAGUCACGAGAGCCACAAUGUGUUUCGUCUACACCUGAAGGAAGUCACGGAGGCAGAUCGUGGCUACUACAUGUGCCAAAUGAACACUGACCCUAUGAUCAACCAGAAGGGGUUCCUGCAAGUUGUUGUGCCUCCAGACAUCGACGACUCAGCCUGGACUGGCGAUCUGGUGGUGAGGGAAGGAACUAACGUGUCUCUGGAGUGCAAAGCGAGAGGGUACCCGCCGCCCACCGUCACCUGGCGCCGCGAGGACCCCCACGACCCGACCCAGCACUCGGUGAAGGUGCUGGAGGGACAGACGCUGACGAUUGGCAAGGUGUCUCGAUUGCACAUGGGAGCCUACCUGUGUGUCGCCUCCAAUGGCAUCCAACCCUCUGUUAGCAAGAGGAUCCAGCUUAAGGUUCAGUUCCCGCCCAUGCUGUGGAUCCCUAACCAGCUGGAGGGCGCGAGGCAUGGCGAAUCUGUGACGCUGCAGUGCAAUACAGAAGCAUUCCCUCGCUCCAUCAACUACUGGACCAAUCACAGAGGAGAGAUGAUUGCCGCUACUGGCACGAGGUACGAGACCACCACCAAGGAGGAGAGCUAUAAGACCUACAUGAGGCUGGUGAUCCACAACCUGACGCAGUACGAUUUCAACACGUACCGCUGCAUCGCCAAGAACAGUCUGGGCGAGACGGACGGAUCCAUCAGACUGUAUGAAAUCGAACCGCGGCCUACGAAGGAGGACUCAAAGGAAGGAUCAGCUAGCAAGGAAGACGGGGAGGGCGAAAUAGGCGACGGGGAAGGUGAUGGAGGAGGAGGAGGCGUCAAGUAUAACUCCUCAACACCUGACGAGAGUAUUAACCUUACUACUGACAAGCGGGGGAAGAUGUGGAGCAACAAGCAGUCACCGUCAAAGAAAACAGGAAGAGGCCCCAUCUCUUGGCGCACCGGAGAGGCGAUGAACGAAGUACUAUCAGAGGUGGACCUUAGGUUUCGAGAGAAGGAAUAUAGCCACUCCAAGGAUUCUCCCCCUGGAAUGAAAACGGCAUCCUCCUACGACCACUCCUUCACCUCCUACGACUCUGGGUCAGCUGCCUCGCCCUCCUCACGCACCGUGGUGGGGGCGGCUGUGGCGUGUGUGGCGGCCCUCUGGAGGCUAUGAUGGCUCUCCGGUCGCUCCCAACGCCUCCUCUCUAGUAGUUUUACUUGUCCCUGUUUCCCUUCCCUCCUGUGCGUACCGUGUGCAUUCAUGUCUAGAGAAAAGUAACUCUCUGUUGCCUCCUGUUGCCAGUGACUUGGAGACGCGUGUUGUGUGGUUUCCUUAGGUCAUUUUUAUCCGACAAUCACUGUGUAUUGUACAUGAUGACGAGUGGCCUGCCUUACGAUGGCGUAGACAAGUUUAAGGCUUGUUCUUUUUUCUCCUUCGAUUAUCAGCAGUUUCUCGUGAUUAGGUAAGAUUAUGAUUGUAUAUAAACACACACAGACACAUCCAUACCCACACACACACACACACACACACACACACACACACACACACACACACACACACACACACACACCACUGACUUUCUUCGGCUAGAAUGCAUUUAUACAAGGAGACGAAUCGUUUGAAACACAUUCCUCACUGCAGUGGGUUUCUUAGUCAGCUGUAUAGAUGCACUGUCACUUGUAACGUAGCCCUCGACACCUCACCGCCGCUUCUAGGCUCAGACAACGAUCACACACACACACACACACACACACACACACACACACACACACACACACACACACACACACACACACACACGCAAACAUAUCCUUUCAGUUUUGACCUCAACGUGACUGCCCCCCAGAUUCUUAAACGUUUAUGCGUCUUAUCUCUACAUUUAACAGGCUCAAGUAGAAGAUGUGCGUUGCAAGAGAGUUUUCCUUUUUUCCAGUUAUAGUUUAACAUAAAUCCCUCACUGAGUAGAAAAAUACACCCUAUGAAAAAACUCGCAUGGUCAUUCCUGCUGCCUUUUGAGAUUGAAGCUUUUAAGAAUACAGACGCAUGUAUUCUUUAACGUCUCCAAGUCUCAUCUGUCACGUUUUAGUGGAAGUUACUGAGGGUUUCCAAAUGCGUUUUCAUGGUUUUAGUGAUAUUUCAGCAAGAAUACAUCCAUGAAAACUCGUAUGGACAUCCCUGCUGGCUUUUGAGAUUGAAGCUUUUAAGAAUACUGGGACGUGUAUUCUUGAACGUCUCCAAGUCUCAUCAAAUGCGUUUUCAUGGUUCUAGCGAUAUUUCAGCAAGAAUUCUACACUAUCAUAAGGAAAACUCACAUAAUGAAGCACACUAAUAACCUUCGUCACUUCUGAAACACCACGUAUGAGAAAGCAAAACGUUUAAGAAUCUUGGCCUGUCUCCUGUGUUUCCAUCAGCUGUGAAAAGUAUCGUACAGCGUGGCGAGACUGUUGCCGCUACUGCUGUGUACAUCAUGUAGUGUACCUUGAAAACUUGUGAGGAUGCGACACACAAGACCAUUUAUCUCAGCUUGUUGUAAUCCCCGCAGCGAGGCGCCACACAGGUUUGUCCAUCCCCUCACUACUCAUCACUCCUCUACCAACCAACUUCUCUCCACCAUCACCACCACAUACUUCCCUUCACCAAUAGUUACCCCAGGCAGUGGUGUCAUGAAAACCAGUGGAUUUCAUGCUUAUAAACAGAGUAAAUGGUUUUAUAUUAAGAGCUCACCGAAGACCAAGAUGUGAGAUUGUGACUAGGGAUAAUUGUAUGACGCUAUUUUUUUGUAUUUUUUGGUCUGAAAUAUUUUGUAGGAUAUGACAUCACUACUAAGGGUAACUGUUCACCUCACUGUAACACCACAGAGUCCACCUACAGAACAUUCAGAACUCUAGGCACUGGUGUAGAUAAUCCCUAGUUUCACUCCAACGCACACAUACACACACACACACACACACACACACACACACAGCAGACACACACCUACACAUGUCUCAGCCUUCCCUCACCCAGUCAUUAUUGUUCCCCUUCUCUCUAUUCUGCAGUCGAAUCCUCUGUCACUGUUUGUCGUGUGUGUGCCAAAUGGUUUGUCCUUAUUCUUUAUAUCAGUAAUUUAGGGCUUGAUUUGUCUGCUAUUCACUGUAGUGGUCACGAAUGCAUUGCGUAAAAGGACGAGAAAUGUUAACCCCUUUGUAAGUGAAGGAUAUAUUGUAGCACUAAGUUAUUGUCUUUUCAAUAAGCCAAUGCCGCUUCCAUGUCACGGCUGGCAGUGUGCAGUCCUGUGUUGAUGACUGCUUACUGGACACUAGCGCCCCUAUUCACAAACGCCUUGCUCUCUCACCACGACAAUUUUCUAAGGUCACAGAAACGACUGCCCGGGUUUUCAUGACAGUUUCUCCUUUUGAUUAAGUAAAAAUCUUGCCAAUCUAUCACCAGAAUCAUAAGAACACCCUUAAAUACACGAGUAUCUUCAACGAGAGCCAUUAGAAAACAGUGAUGGUGAGAGAGCGAAGCGUUUCAGAAUAAGGGCCAACUCUUACGUCACAGCCUCGAGGGAUUUGACUAGUGCUAAUGACGGCGGACUAUUGUUACGUCACUCCGUUAUGUUGUCACGCCCUCACACGAGAACACUGUGACUUCAGCCAGCAAAUUCACUGACGGAGGGUCAAGAGUACUAGUAUCCUCACGUCGCGGAGGAAUGGAGCGUGAUUAGAACUCGUGGGAUGCAUCUGUGAGCCGCCGGGGGAGUUAAGAUGCCUCCUAAUGUUAAAGACGACACUCCACUUUCUGCUGCUGUGUCCACUGAAAUCACUGCGCCAUGAGGAGUAUUACUUUGAGAGAGCAAACAUGAUGCGACGCUGCUCUUGUUCUUAAAUGAUUGUGAUUUGUGAGAGUGUUUAAUGUAAUGUACUGUGCUCUGACGUUUACAUUAACACGAUGGAAAUAUUCUCUUUUCUUAUGCACUGUUAUGCGAGAUUACUUCACGAGGACAACGACACUGACCGCCACGAAGUAACGGAGCAUGGAAAAGCUUACCUAACGCAGGAUACGUGUGCCAAAACAUUAACAACCAACCACAGUAUAGCACGUUUCUUCAUCCCCCCCACAAAGAAAGCACACGAGAGAGACCUUCUUUUUGUGUACAGACUCACCAGCAGCUGUGUUAGUAGCGCCCCAAUGUAUAGUCACCAAAAGAGGGAUAAAACUAUAAUAAUUCUACUCUCAUCACUUUUUUUUUUAUCUUUCCUCUCUCUAUCUAUGUGAAGUGAAUGGUGUGUUUCCCUCUUCAUUCACUGUACUGGUUGAUUCCCUCGUGUCUUUAAGGAAGCAAGACAAGAGAACACGAGUCAAGGUUAUCUGUUAUUUGCAUCGUUCUCCACGUGAGCGCCUGUGUCUGCCUGGCUGGGUCACGCAUGUCCCUACACUCCGACAUGUUCUGUAAAGAGUAUCUGUAAAUAUGAACCCUUCCUCCCAAAACUAUGUAAGAAUAAACAUACCAGAAACCUUAUAUAUGUUCCUGUUGAGAAAUAUAUGCGGCUAUAUAAUGAA